UAGGGAGGUUCCGUUGCACUUGAUUAGAUGAGGCGCAUCUCGGAGCCGGCAUAAUGGGAACAGAGCGUGAAAAUAUGAAUGUAUGAGAUCUACAGUCCACCGACGUUUGGAGGCACAUUCAGAUAGUCGCAAACAUGAAGAUUUGGAGCACUGAGCACAUAUUCAGCUACCCUUGGGAGACUGUGAUCAAAGCAGCUAUGAGGAAGUAUCCUAAUCCAAUGAACCCUAGUGUUGUUGGAGUGGACGUUCUCGAUAGAAACUUGGACACACAUGGACGUCUACACAGUCAUCGGCUCCUCAGCACGGAGUGGGGGCUUCCAGGGGUUGUCAGAGCGAUUUUAGGGACAAGUCGGACCGUCACGUACGUAAAAGAACAUUCCAUUGUGGACCCAGAAGAAAAAAAAAUGGAGCUUUGCUCAACAAACAUAACCCUAACUAAUUUAAUAUCAGUUGAUGAAAGGCUUGUCUACAGGCCUCAUCCAGAAAAUCCAGAGGUCACUGUAUUAACCCAAGAGGCGAUCAUUACGGUGAAAGGGGUCAGUCUGAGCAGCUACCUUGAGGGUCUGAUGGCUCUAACCAUGUCAGCCAAUGCAAGAAAGGGAUGGGACGCCAUUGAAUGGAUCAUUCAAAACUCUGAAAGGGAAAAUGUCCCUUUGUGUGACUUGUGUUGAACAGAGCGUAUGAAUGAAGACCACAUGAUCAACAG